AUGGCGUCCGUUUCGCCACCCAAACCGUGGGAGAGGGCAGGCGCUGCUGCUGGGUCUCCUGCUUUGACAACAUCAUCGGCGGCUACUCCGACCGCCUCAUCCGCGAUGACGGCCAGUUCGACUACUCCGACCGCGGCCGCCAGCGCCUCGGCCCCCACAGCCACAGCAUCGUCGACAUCUACUGCUCCCGAUUUACCGUCUCGUCCUAAUACCCUGAACUCCGUUGUCAAUCGCACCGCCUCCAAUUAUUCUCCCUACUCGGCCUCCCGGUUCGGCGCAAGUCCUUACGGCGGCUACGGAAGCUACUCGUCGCCGUACUCCCGCUUCGGCACCAUGGGCUCCAUGUACGGAGGCUACGGUGGCAUGGGAGGCUAUGGCGGCAUGUAUGGUGGUAUGGGAGGCAUGGGAGGGAUGUACGGCGGGAUGCCCGGUGAUCCCAAUGAUCCCAACAGCCUGACAAAUUCCUUCAGCCAAAGCACCCAAGCUACGUUUCAGAUGAUCGAGAGUAUCGUGGGUGCGUUUGGAGGAUUCGCUCAGAUGCUGGAGAGCACAUACAUGGCGACUCACAGCUCCUUCUUUGCCAUGGUCUCCGUAGCAGAGCAGUUCGGCAACCUCCGAAACACGCUUGGCUCCGCCCUCGGUAUCUUCACCAUCAUCCGCUGGUUCAAGACCUUGAUCGCGAAGAUCACCGGUCGUCCCCCGCCGGCUGAUGCCACCGCCCUCACUCCGUCCGCCUUUGCAGCAUUCCUCAGCGGCCGCUCCUCCCCCGCCACCCUGCCGGAUGGCACUCCCGCUCCCCCCAAGCCCUCUAAGAAGCCGUUCUUCAUGUUCCUUAUCGCCGUCUUCGGUCUUCCCUACUUGAUGGGCAAGCUGAUCAAGGCUCUUGCUCGGUCGCAAGAGGAGCGUCGCCAGCUGAUGCUGGGUCCCAACGGGGAGCCCGUGCAGGGCCAGGGUGCACCGCUCGACCCUUCCAAGCUUGACUUCUGCCGUGUGCUCUACGACUACACCCCUGAAGCCCAGGAGAGCUCCGGCAUCGACCUGGCCGUGAAGAAGGGCGACAUCGUCGCUGUCCUUAGUAAAUCCGAUCCGAUGGGUAAUGCCUCGGAGUGGUGGCGUUGCCGUGCCCGUGAUGGCCGCGUCGGUUACUUGCCCGGGCCGUACCUGGAGACCAUCCAGCGCCGCCCGCAACAGCAAGCGAUCACCUCGGGCAGCGAAGCCGGCAGUCGCAGCAACUCGAUGCAGGCGAGCGCGUCUGAGGAGAUCGCCGCGGAGGCUAAGAAGCCCGAACUGAAGGGCAAGAUGGGUGAUAUUUCGCCCGAGAGCUUCCAGAAGAGCGCUUUCUACUCAUGA